AUGCCCCACUUGCUCGUAGAACCUCUCCAGGCGAGAUGUGGGCCCAUCCUUGGAGAAAUGGCUGCUUGGCCAAGUUGCUGCAACCGGAAUGCCCGCAGCCAGGCUGGCGUAUUCCUUGGCAGCGAGAUACCUUCAGGCGCUGGUCUGCUUCUUCGUCCAGCGUCAACUUUUCUGCCGGAUCUGGACCCAGGCCGACUACAGCAUCCGACGAGCUUCUCAGAAGCAACGACUGCAUCAGAUCGAGCACAGCUGCUGCAGGCUGAGGUGGAAGCGGCAAGAGAUGCAGCAGAUACGGCGGAAGAAGAGGCUGAGGCUGCAGAGCAUGCCGAGCUCUUGGUCGUCGGUCUAGCAACGAUCUUCGCGGGGCUGGCGUGGUUUACUACCUACAAGACAUGGCAGCUGUACCAGAGGUGGCUUGCCAUGAAGCGUCGGAAAGCCUUGUGCGUGGGUGCUGCACGAGCUGCUGCAGCCAGAGGACGCUGA